CCACAGAGUCAAAGUAAAACCUUGAUUCUUUGAAGACUGAUUUUGUAUUAAUCUCCUAGUGGAUUUCUUAGUAUUGGUCAAAGUUAGCCAGUGUAUCGUCAGCGCUACAGCCAGGCUGGGUCGUGCUUUCGUCUUUGACUGAGAACUACACGGACACGAGAAUCACGUGAGCACCGACCUGAUGCUGCUGCGGCUCUCCUGUCACCUGGAAGCGGAAACAGCUGGGCGGUUUGGGUAACUUCACAAGCAGUCUAGAAGUCGCAAAUGAGUCGGUUUAAUCAAGUCAUUUUUAAUAUUUAAUGUGCGUGUCGGCAAUGGCGUGGAAGCGAAAGGAAUGAGAAUACCGUCAAGUUACUAAAGAUACAAAGAGAAAAGAAAACAAGAGUGAGAUGAUAGACGAGAGAGAGAGAGAUUCACUCCUAAUAGUACUACCGGAGAACCAAACCGUGCAAGGUCCCAGCACAGUAAAGUGGACAGAGAGUGGAGUGAGGCCCAUGGAGAAGAGUGGCCCAUACAUCAUGCCCAAACCUGCCCCCAUUCACCUCAAACUGCAGAAGCACAGAGAGCAGGCUAGGAAGGCGCUAAAGAAGAAAGGAAUGCUGGGAGGACCAGUCGUCCAGCAGCCGAAACUGGGAGCAAAGAGGAGUGUGAAGUUCAAUAAGGGGUACUCUGCUUUGAGUCAGAAUGCUGAGGACACGCUUGUAUCCCUGGAUUCAGACAGUGAAGUUGAGCUGGAGCCUCAACACUCCUCCGGAUACUCCUCUUCAGAGGUAAACCAGGACCUGAACCGGCAGCUUCUUCAGGACGGCUACCACCUGGAUGAGAUUCCUGACGACGAGGACUUGGACCUGAUUCCACCCAAAGCCGUGGUGUCCCCCUCGUGUGUGUGCUGCUGUGAUGAGACCCCCUCCUGCUCUAUUCAGUGACACUGACUGGAGGCAGGUUGCAUCUCGGACACUUUGCACUGUGGGAGAGUCUCUUAAGAGUUUAGAACAAACCAAAUACCCAUCCAACACCUUUUUCAAAUAUACACUGCUCCCCGUUCUAAUGUGGCACUUUAUAGCACGGAAUCGGUUAGAAUGCAGCAUAGUCCUGCUCCCAUUUGCCCUGUAAUGCCAGUACAGGAGCGCUUUCUACCCGUUACAAUGCAGAACACAAACAGCACAGUCUUGUAACAAUGGCUCCCCACUACAGCAUUCUAAAGGCAGAACAGUGCAAUUAACAGUGCUUUGAUAAUCAUUAUUCAAGUACCAAUGGCAUUAAAACAAACAGAAAGCAGGGUCAAACCUCAGUAAACUGCCUGUCAAAUCCUUCUGGAGUAUUCAAAUAAUAACCAUACUGAUCAUGACACUAAAACCAAAGCAGCGUGCUUGUAAGGGGACGCUGUGAUUUGAAUACGCCGCAAGGAAAAGCAGACAGCCCAGUUUACAGGUUUCAUUCUGCAUUUUGUCCAUAAGUAAUAAAUAUACUUCCGAAACAAAAUCCUUCCGUUAUGUUAAAAGCGGUAUUACCAGGAGACAGGUGUUGAAUGACAUUGUUGUAAACACUAAGCAGUGUUCGGUUAAUGCUUUAACCCUCUUUAAUAACUGCACCUAUUCAUUUAAUGCAAGGGGUUCUUCAUCCCCAGAGUACAGGGCUAUGGCGUGAGUACAAUAGAAAAGCUGUACUUUACAUCUCCACUGGUCUUCAGCUGCUUUCAGUCAUUCUGCAACACUACACGCAGCGUUGUGCCCCUUUUAGUAUUAUCAGCUGGCAGUGGUUCUGUAACUGGAGUUAUACCAACAAACUGCUGGUCAGAAACCUCUUUCAUUGCAUGUUCUCUUUUGAGGGAGUGCUUGGACUUAACUAAAACGUUGUAAAUCAUCUAGAAAAUCGAAUGAUUCUCACACAUGCACUAAGUAGGUAAGUGAUGUCACAGGAGAACCUUUGAACAUUUUAUUACAGUCUCCUACAUAAAGUUGUGUUAGCACCGAUGGGGCGGGGAGUUGCGGUGGUGUCUUUCUGUAGCUGAGUUUUUUUUUUAUUGUGUUGAUAACCAAGGACGGUAUUCAGUAUGAGCUCCUAUCAUUAGUAUCCUAUCUUAAGUAGCAUUACCAAAAGUUAUUAGCUCAUACAGCACAUGGCCCUAAGGCUUUAAAAACAUUUGAUAGCAUCCUAGCAUAACCGCAUUCUCCCCUUAAUAUUCUGUUGUUGAUCUAGAAUGUGUUUCCUCUUUGACUCAGGUAAAGCCAGUUAUCCUUCCACAAUGCCAAUGUUGGCCCUUCAUCUCGCCUGUUUACUGCGUAUGUUAUAAGUAAUCGAAACUCACUGUCCCUUGCAUAGUUUCCUUUGUGUACUGUAGCCAUAGAACUUAUGAGGAUCAAGAGGAGUCCUAUUACUUGAACCGUAUACAUUUGGACUGUCAUUCUUUCCUCUCUGGUAGAUCAGAGAACGUCAGAAUAAAGGGUUUUACCUGAGAGAAAAUAAAGACAGAAAAGCAAAUGGAUGAAUCGCAGAAUGAUGUUGAUGUUGUAAAUCCCGGGUCUUGUUUACUCAUAUUGUCUACAUUGAAACUGUGGCUGAAUUCUGCACAUACAGCACCCUUGUUUAUUGAAAUACCAGACUGUUUUAGGAGGUGAGGGUACGUUUGUGUUACUAAAAUGGAAAUAAAAUACUAAAUACUAACUUUAAUUCUAAUUCUAGCCAGGCAUAUACCUAAAUACCUAUUGGUAAAUGAGAACUGUUAAAUGGAGUUUAGCAAUCCGAGGUUAACAGCGGAUUGAUUGUAGAGAAGUAUCCUGAACUGUAUUUUCUGUUUGCGUAAGCCAUUUACUGCAAGUGGGAUUACUGUAGUGGAUAAAGUCCUGUGGCUUCAUUAAGUUUGACCACAUGACAGAGUUAGUGAGAAUUGCAAUGCUUGAGAAGACUGGAGUCCAGAGCCCAGGUCUCAUUUCCCUCUCUCAAACCCAUACUGUGAUAUCCAUUGAUUAAACCUGGACUCCAGGUCAUUCUUCACUCGAUCCUCAAACCAGGAAGGAUCCAUAUCCCUUAUGUGCAAAAUAAGCUGGCAAUGCAGCCCCUGAGCUGGCA